CUGCGCGAGGUGGGGCCGAAUGGGCGGGGCCUCCCCCUGUCGGGGGCCGCAUCCGCCGGACGCCGGAAGUGCCUCUCCGCCCCUGCCACUAGACCAUGGAGACUGUGGCACAGUAGAGUCCGGUGUGAGGAUUGUGGGGGCAGUGGCCAUGGAGGCCGUGCUGAACGAGCUGGUGUCUGUGGAUGAUCUAAUGAAGUUUGAAAAGAAAUUUCAGUCUGAGAAGGCGGCAGGCUCAGUGUCCAAAAGCACGCAGUUUGAGUAUGCCUGGUGCCUGGUGCGGAGCAAGUACAAUGAGGACAUCCGGAAAGGCAUUGCACUACUUGAGGAACUACUGCCCAAAGGGAGCAAAGAGGAGCAGCGGGAUUAUGUCUUCUACUUGGCUGUGGGGAACUACCGGCUCAAGGAGUAUGAGAAGGCCCUGAGGUACGUGCGUGGGCUGCUGCAGACAGAGCCCCAGAACAGCCAGGCCAGGGAGCUGGAGCGGCUCAUCGACAAGGCCAUGAAGAAAGAUGGACUAGUGGGCAUGGCCAUCGUUGGAGGCAUGGCCCUGGGCGUGGCAGGACUGGCUGGACUCAUCGGGCUGGCCGUGUCCAAGUCCAAAUCCUGAAGGAGAGCACGCCUGCUCCUCUGCCCAGGGCACUCGGGAGCUGUGGUGGACACUCAGAGCAGGGCCCCGCCAUCCUCACGGGCCUUCCCUGUUCUUCCCUCGCAUCCUCAUCAUUGUCCUUUGCGGCCUUCAACCUCUGUCUCCCCAGACCUGUUGUGUAGCCCCAAGUCAUGUGCCAUGUGUGAGUGUAAAUAAAGCUGGGCUGUGGCUUGGGAA